CUUUGCUCAGCUAUGUCAGCACUAGAUAAGCUGAGUCCAGGGAACAGGUAAAUGUGGAGGUGAUUUGUCACUCCUCAAGUUACAACAUCCAAAGCUGUGACUCAGAAAAUUACUCUAAACUUAAUAAUCGCAGAGACUGGAAAGAAGGAAUGCAAAGUGCAAAAAAGAAACAGUCACUUCCUUAGUCAGUUUCUGUUUAUAAAAGUAACUAUGUGCAGGGACAGAAAAGGUAAAAUUUUACCACUCACCAGUCAGCAAGACACAUUGUGCCAACUGAAAAGGAAGGGAGAAAGAUCAACAAGUUAGAAAGGACAAAACUAAAAAAGACAAAUACUGAGGAGAGGCAAAAUCCUAUGCUUGUAAUCUCAAGUGGUCCUGGCCCUUAUUAAUAGCUAUGAUUAGCUGGCAAGUAAGAAAUUAAUAUACUAAACUUCAGGCACCUAAAUAUUUGCAGUCAGUUCAAAAUGCUGUAAAGUUAGCUUACCAACUGCAUUGGAAAAAAAAAAAAAACAAGGGCGGGACUAUAAAUUUGUGAAGGGUGGAAAUACCACAGCAUUCUUUGAUGUGCUGUUAAAAGGCAGAUCUUAAUAAGAAGGGAAAGACUACGGCUCAAACAAGCUGUAUACUUCAAGACUUUGCUGUUACCAAAACUGAACAGAACAUGACAACGAGUAAAUUCAGGAGAGCAUGCUCUGUACGGAUACCCCGUUCUCCAAAACCAGCUGUAUUCUUGGAUACUUACGAUAGACUGGAAGACACAGAAUGUCAAGGUGACCUUACUGGUCUUUGUGAAACCCCUGGAAACAGGGACAGUACAUUUUUUUCAUGGGAUGUCCCUUUAAUCACAGAUGCACCCAAGCUGCAGUACUGCAGAAAAAAGUGGUGUUCCAAAAGUUUGAGGGUUCCAAAGACACGAGUAACUGAAACAGUUUCUUCUGACAGUCAACUACAGGUGGUGUCUGAAAUGGACGGCUAUUGUACUGAUUCUUGGCAAGAGCCUGUAAUAUCCACAAUCAAUACACAAACGCAGUGGAAUGACUCUCAGAAACGUGAAGAAGUGGAAAAUGAAGGAGAAAAGCAGAAGGGAAAUAAGAUAAAAAACUACAAAAAGGUAAGAAUACUGUUUAUAAAGUGGGACUAAUACAUAAUUAACACCAACUAAAUAUACAUAUCUUAAGUGAUAUCCUUUUAAAAUUAUGUUUUUCAAGCAUUGUGCAGCAAUAUAGCACUUUCAAAAUGGCGAUGGUUAAUCUUUUAACCCCUUAAGGACUGAGCCAAAUGUACACAUUGUGAUCAAAACAAAAUGUAAACAAAACCUGGAAUAAAACAAAAUAUCUGACUAUAUAUCACCUCUUUCAUAUUAAGUGCACCCACACUUAUUAUAUAUAAUUUUAUUCAGGGGAAACAGGGCUUUCAUGUAACAUCAAAUAUUUAGCUAUGAAACAUAAUUUAAUAUGAAUAAAAUAUAAAAAAAUGGGAGAAAAUACAUUUUGUUAUUUUUUUUUAGUUCUACAUGACAUUUUAACUGUGAAUGUCACAAUACUGUUUGCUUUUACUGCAAUAAAAUACACAUAUUUGUAUUCAACGAUGUCUCACGUGUAAAACAGUACCCCCUAUGGGAUAUGGGUUUUGGGAAGUUACAGGUUCAAAAAUAGCAUGUUACAUUAUUCAGUUUUUUAGCAUUGAAAUUCGCCAGGUUGGACGUUGCCUUUGAGACCGUAUGGAAGCCCAGGAAUAAGAAUUACCCACAUGAUGGCAUACCAUUUGCAAUAGUAGACAAGCCAAGGUAUUGCAAAUUGGGUAUGUCCAGUCUUUUUAUUAGCCACUUGGUCACAAACACUGGCCAAAGUUAGUGUUAUUUGUUUGUGUGUGAAAAAAAAAAAAAAAAACUAAUUUGAAUGACAAUUUUGGCCAGUAUUUGUGACUUAGUGGCUUCUAAAAAAGUCUGGACAUACCCCAUUUGCAAUACAUUCGGUUGUCUACUAUUGCAAAUGGUAUGCCAUGAUGGGGGUAAUUCUCAUUCCUGGGUUACCAUACGCUCUUAAAGGCAACGUAACCAAUCUGGCAAAUUUCAAUGUGAAAAAACUGAAACGCAAGCCUUAUAUUUGACUCUGUAACUUUUGAAAACACCACAAAAACCUGUACACAGGGGAUACUGCUAUACUUGGGAGACUUCGCUGAACACAAAUAUUAGUGUUCCAAAACAGUAAAACGUAUUACAACAAUUAUAUCAUCAGUGAAAAUGCCGUUUGUGUGUGAAAAAUGCAAAAAACUUCACUUUCACUGACAAUAUCAUCGCUGUGAUAUGUUUUACUGUUUUGAAACACUAAUAUUCAGCAAAGUCUCCAAAGUAAAAAAAAAAUACCCCCAUGUACAGGUUUUAAGGAGUUAUGGUAAAUUACUGGGUUAAAUACAGUGCUAGCAAAUUAAAUUCUUUGGACUUUCAGCCUGGGUUGUCAGGCAGGUCCUUUAAAUUGCAAUCAAUAAAAUUACUUAAUUAUGUAAAAAUAUUACAUAAAUAUGCACAUAGAAUGAAAAUAUAUAUACAUAUAUAUUUGAAGUCUAUGUGUAUAUUUAUGAAAUUAUGUAAUUAUGUAUAUGAAUUUUUAUAUAAAUAUAUAUACAAUAUAUUUUGUUUAUUUUUAUUAAUUUAUUUAUAUAUAUAAUUUCAUUCUAAGUGUAUUUUGAUAUCAAUAUAUAUAUAUAUAUUAAUAUCAAAAUACAGUUAGAAUAAAAUUACACACAUAUAUAUAUAAAAAUUUUAAAAUUUUAACUAUUUACAUUUUGUAAUUUGUUUUAGUUAUUUAUAUUUUAGAAUUAAUUAUAUUAUAUAUAUAUAUACACACACACACGUGUGUAAUUUAAUAAGUGUUUUUUAUAUUAAUAUAUGUAUAUAAAAUAUAUAUUAUGUCAUACUAAGUGUAAGAUAUGUAUACAUAUUAUAUUAUUUACAUAUAUAUAUAUAUUUUUUUUAAUUUACUAAACAUUUUUUAUUUUAUUUUACAGAUGCAGGGAGACUGCCUAUCUGUUCAGGCAGUCCCCCUGCAUGCAGCACUAUGGAUGCCUAUUGCGGCCAUAUGAUCGCUCUUUCAGAGCGAUCACAUGGCCCGUGGGGGCCUAAUUUGCUGAGACCGAGACGACAUACCUAGUACGUCCACGGUCCUUAAGGGGUUAAUGGGAUACUAUAGUUGUAUUCCUGCCACUAUCGCUCCCCCUGCCCCUUUCUCGCAAACCCCCUCCCCCUGCCGCGUCAAAGGGUUAAAACCCUUUAUUUACUUACCUUAUACCAGCACUGAAGUCCCUCUGCGCUGGGUUGACGCUCCACCCUCAGCAAAUGUCGCACGCGCAGUAGAUCUCUUUAUAGGAAAGCAUUAAAUCAAUACUUUCCUAUGGGGAAAAAAUCUGACGGUGGGUGUCUUCAUGCAGAGCAUCAGGUUGGAUACUGGAGGUUUGUUUCAAUCCAAGAAGCACCCCCAAUGGCUGUCUGGGAGACAACAAAUGGAAACUCAUCAAACAAAUAUUAGAAAGGUACAUUUCUCAGUAUGUACCAUUGAGUAAUAAAUAUAAAAUAAACAAAUUGAAACCAAUGUGGCUUAGUAGAGCAGUAAAACAAGAGAUUAAAAAUAAGAAAAGGGCAUUUAAAGCAUUUAAAUAUGAUAAAUCAGAGGUAUCCUAUAUAAGAUAUAAGGAAGUCAAUAAUGCUUACAAAAAGGCAAUUAAAGUGGAUAAACUAGAAAAUGAGAAAUUGAUAACCAAAGAAUACAAAACCAACCCCAAAACUGUUUUCAUACAAGUACAUCAAUUCUAAAAAAACAAAAAAUAUAAGUGUAGGUACACUGGAAACAGAAAUGGGUCUGUUAGUUAAUGAAGACCAGGAAAAGGCAGAAAUGUUGAAUAACUAUUUCUCCUACGUAUAUAUUAAGGAAGAACCUAUGGCAAUAGAUAUGCAAAUCAUUGCUGCAAAAAACAUGCAGAGAAAUUGUAAUUGGCUUACUCAAGACAAGGUGCUGCAGCAACUAAAGAAAGUUAACAUAAACAAAGCUCCAGGGCCUGAUGGUAUUCAUCCACGAGUACUUAAGGAGCUAAGUGGGGAAAUAAGUGAACCUCUGUAUUUAACCUUUCAAGAUUCUUUUGUUUCAGGUAUUGUACCAGAGGAUUGGAGAAAGGCAGAUGCCGUUCCUAUAUUUAAAAAGGGUUCAAAAUCAUUGCCUUGUUUUUUUGCCUUCUUUUGGAUCAACAGCAAAAACAUAUGUGAGGAAGACUGAACUUGAUGAACGCAAGUCUCUCUUCAGUUAUGCAACUAUAUAAACUUUGCAGUGCAAAAGGGACAUUGCACCAAGGCCACUUCAAUGAGCUGAAGUGGUCUGGGUGCCUUUAGUGUCCCUUAAGCUAUUGUCAGUUUGACCACUGGAUAAGUCAAAUUAUUCAAUGUUAUUAGCUUGUAUUGCUGUGAAAAUAUCACUUAAUGUUUCUUCAAUACAGGUGAACAGGUCUAAAGGCAAAGUUGAUAAUACAUUAUUCUCAAUUUAGUUAUGUAUAUGCUCUUAUAGAGAAAACAUUUUCUCUGGGUUUUUUUUCAGUGGGUAAAAAUGUAUUUAAAGAAUAGUUCCUCAUAAUGAUUUUAGUUUUAGAAUGCCCCACAAAAAAAAAAACAGGUGUAAAUGCAGUUCUGAACAAUUUAAUUGAUUUACAGAUGUCUUUUAUUCACCGAUAUCUUGGAAACUCAGUUUACAAAUGACUAACAGUAUGAUAAAAUAGCUGAAUGCUUUUUGGGGUAAUUAUCAACUUUUAUUAUUAUUAGAUGAAAAUUUAAACACAUACCAGCAGCUCGACAACUAAAAGAAAAAAUGCAGCCUAGGCAUUGUUGUGUAAUUGCAGAAUCCUGAACUUCGUGUCUAUGGGAAAUUUGAUAUGAGGAAGAGUUAUAUAAUCCAUUAGUCAUAUCAUUAAAAUUAAUCACUUUAAUGUGUACUUCAUUACAGUAUAACGUUAUGAGAUAUUUAGAAUCCAUUCCCUUGACUUGGUUAAUCUAGGACUGGCUGGAAAAUGUUAGCUCAUAGCAAUAGUAUAAUUGUGGGCUACCACUUAAAGGAACACCCCAAGGACCAUAAUCACUAUAGAUCACUUUAGUGCAGCACCCCGACCCCCCAAUGUAAGUAGUCAAAUAGUCAGUCACACAACGAUCAAUACAUCUAUUGGGAGCUAGAAGCUCUCUGCUUUGAGAUAGCCCAGCAGUGAAGGGCUUAGAUCAUUGGCUUAGUUUGGGAGAUGUGAUGAAAAAUAAAAGUGAAUUUUAAAGAUAUAUUUAUAUUCUUAUUUUGAUAUAUUUUCUCAGUUUUUGUUUUUGUUUGUUUUGUGUUUUUUUUUUAGAGUAUUGAUCGUGUUUUCCGACGUGGCUGGGGAAAUUUGAUCACCAACAUUUACACAAUUUCACUAACAAAAGCUUCUCACGAUGCUCCCCAGCUUGUUAAAGCAUGCUAAAUCUGAACCAAUAUGAAAAAAUACUGCACAGCGUGAAUAUCACAAACAGGAGAGAACUGGUACAACAAUUAUCAUUGGGAUUACAACCAUGGAUCUGCAAAAGUGUUUUGUUUUCUAUUUUAAAAUUGACACAAAGGGAAUAAUUAGCUGCCUGGUUGCUCUGGAUAUUUUACACACAUCGAAUAUAUCAUGUAAUUACAAAGAGGACGUCAAUAUAAUUUGUAUAUGUAAUAUUUGUAUUUAUAGUGACAAGCUAACUUUUUGUUAUCAGUAUUGCAUUGCAUAAACCCCAAACACAAUUGUUUUCGAGUUUACUAGGUUUAUUGCUGUCUGAUAAAUUAAUUUACAAAAAUAAUUAUAUGGCAAGAGAUUUCAUGCAUUAUGUAGAAUCACUUUGGCAGGCUAUGUUUUUGUACAGCCAUCAUCAUGCCUAACCAUAGUAUAUGCAAAUGUAAACUGAUAUAGCCUCAGACCAGUCCUCUUAUGGACACAAUGCACCCCAUCUCACCCCUUCACACACACAUUUAAGAAUAAGUAAACAUUGUUGAAUAGUUGAAUCUAAAAGUGAGUUUUAGAACACUGACUGCUUUGCUCAUGUAAAAAUAGCUGCCUUAUGAAAAUAAUCAACUCUGGUCUACAUUUCAGUUCAGCUCUAUGAAAGAGCAUUAAUGUAAUUUUUACAUCUCCUAGCUGCUAUAAAACAGAAAUGAGAGUGUUUAUAUAACUUUUUCAAUAACUAUCAAAACAAACAACAAACGGCGCAUA